AUGUCCUCCGAAAAGACCACCUUGAGAUUGGGCUCCACCGCCCCAGACUUCACCUCCGAGACCUCCAACGGUCCAAUUUCUUUCCACGAGUUCAUUGGUGACUCCUGGGCCAUUCUCUUCUCCCACCCAGACGACUUUACUCCAGUUUGUACUACUGAGUUGGGUGCUUUUGCCAAGUUGCAGCCAGAGUUCGAGAAGAGAAACACCAAGCUCAUUGGUUUGUCUGCCAACGGUACCGAGUCCCACAAGGCUUGGAUCAAGGACAUUGACGAGAUCACUGGCUCUCAAUUGACCUUCCCAAUCAUUGCCGACCCAGAGAGAAAGGUUGCUCACGCUUACGACAUGAUUGACUACCAGGAUGCCACCAACAUCGACAACAAGGGUGUUCAGUUCACCAUCAGAUCUGUUUUCAUCAUUGACCCAGCCAAGAAGAUCAGAUUGAUCUUGUCUUACCCAGCUUCUACCGGUAGAAACACCGCUGAGGUCUUGAGAGUGUUGGACUCUUUGCAGACUGGUGACAAGCACAGAGUGACCACCCCAAUCAACUGGGUUCCAGGUGACGAUGUCAUUGUCCACCCAACUGUGUCUAACGAGGAGGCCAAGACUUUGUUCCCUAAGUUCCGUAUCAUCAAGCCAUACUUGCGUUUGACCCCAUUGGAGAAGCAGUAA